AUGAAAACACUCCGUCCUCUACAUGGCGGUUUGCUGCUGUGUGUUUUCCUUUCGUUAGUUCUUUCAGCUAGUUCCAGUGAAGCACGUCCUCAGUUGGACGCUAAUGAUGGCUUCUCGACGACCAUGUUUCCGAUAUUUCUACGCAGCCGUUUCAAUCCCCGAAACGAGCUGCUACUCUGGGAGAAGGUUCCGGUAGGCCCAAACGGUCGGCCUAAGGGUGCUGAACAGCGUACUUCAAGCUGGUCGGAAAAGCCAGUCAUCGAGUCCACGACCCAACAAUCAACGAACGUCGAUCAACCGGUCACAGAAGCAAUGUCGGAAGCACCAACGUUGGACAUAGAAGAGAUGUAUGAAACGACAGCACCAGAGUUAGAGGAGGUGUCUGAGGCGCCAACGCCAGACAUAGAGUGUGGAACUUUAGCACCUGGAUCCGAUGGGUUUCCCUGGAUUGCCGUGCUGGAACAUGCCGGUCCUCCGCCGGGUGCAGGUCGUAAACGAACGCUCAGCAAGGGUGUCCUGAUUGACCGACAGCACGUCCUGACGACUGUGUCCAGUGUGCACAACUCUCACCCAUCUUGGGUAGUUACCGCCGUUCGGUUGGGUGAUGUCCCAACGCGCCGUCAGAGUAAUGUCACAUGGAUAAUCGGUGCCGGAAGGCGAGCUCAAGCUAACACGCUGCGGAUCCCGAUUGACAUGAUCUUCCUGCAUGACACAAAGGAUGUGGCAUUGAUUCGUCUAGCGAAUGGAGGUGUGCAGGAGUUCAGCGAUUCGGUGAGGCCUAUCUGCAUGCCUCAGGAGGACUAUCGGUUGGAGAGCUUCAAGCUAGCGUCACAUGUGUGCAAACGGCAGCAAGGAACCGGACAAGGCAACGGUAGGGUUGUUAGCAGCUGGCUGGAACCUAUUGAGCUGCUCAGCCCUGACAGCUGUAAUGAUCUUCUGCAACCGUACGGAGCCCGUCUGCCGGUGAAGAGCUUCUGCGCGAAGAAGUCCACCACUGACAACUGCACCGGAUCGCUCGGAGGUCCUGCCGUGGCUAACAUGCGGGGCAAAUAUCACGUGGUUGGGCUGAGCUCAUAUGUAUUUACUGAGACCAUUGUCGACGGGGCAAACGUUCCAAGCAUAUACGUACGAGUUGGCGGUUUGCGUAAAUGGAUAUCAGCCGUAAUCAAAGCUAUCAGCGAAUGA